CAGUCUAGCCAAAUGAUUCAUAAAAAGGAGAGACCUUUCAAAUGUACAGAAUGUGAGAAAAGCUUUAGAUAUAAGUUUCAUCUCCUAGAACACCACAAAAUUCACACAGGUGAGAAGCCACACACAUGUACUGAGUGUGACAAAUGUUUUAUACAAAUGACAAAACUUAUAGCUCAUGAAAGGACCCACACAGGGGAGAAAUCAUUUAGCUGUACAGAGUGUGGAAAAAGUUUUAUAGGAAACAGUAGUCUGAGAAAACAUGAAAGGAUUCACAGAGAAAAGCCUUUCACAUGUACAGAGUGUGGAAAAAGUUUUACAGGAAAGAGUGAUCUGAAUAAACAUGAAAGGAAUCACACAAGGGAAAAGCCUUACACAUGUACAGAGUGUGGAAAAAGUUUUGCACAAAUGGAUAGUCUGAAAACUCAUGAAAGGAUUCACACAGGAGAAAAGCCUUUCACAUGUACAGAGUGUGGAAAAAGUUUUACAGGAAAGAGUGAUCUGAAUAAACAUGAAAGGAUUCACACAGGAGAAAAGCCUUACAUAUGUACAGAGUGUGGAAACAGUUUUGCACAAAUGGAUAGUCUGAAAACUCAUGAAAGGAUUCACACAGGAGUAAAGCCUUUCACAUGUACAGAGUGUGGAAAAAGUUUUAGACAUAUGGAUUGUCUGAAAACUCAUGAAAGGAUUCACACAGGAGAAAAGCCUUUCACAUGUACAGAGUGUGGAAAAAGUUUUACAGUAAAGAGUAGUCUGAGAAAACAUGAAAGGAUUCACACAGGAGAAAAGCCUUUCACUUGUACAGAGUGUGGAAAAAGUUUUACAGGAAAGAGUAGUCUGAGAAAACAUGAAAGGAUUCACACAGGAGAAAAGCCUUUCACUUGUACAGAGUGUGGAAAAAGUUUUAUACAGCUAGGUAUUCUGAAAACUCAUGAAAGGAUUCACACAGGAGAAAAGACUUUCACAUGUACAGAGUGUGGAAAAUGUUUUACAGUAAAGAGUAGUCUGAGAAAACAUGAAAGGAUUCACACAGGAGAAAAGCCUUUCACUUGUACAGAGUGUGGAAAAAGUUUUAUACAGCUAGGUAUUCUGAAAACUCAUGAAAUGAUUCACACAGGGGAAAAGCCUUACACAUGUACAGAGUGUGGAAAAAGUUUUACAGAAAAUAGAAGUCUGAGAAAACAUGAAAGGAGUCACACAGGGGAAAAGCCUUAUACAUGUACAGAGUGUGGAAAAGGUUUUACACAGCUGGGUAGUCUGAAAACUCAUGAAAGGAUUCACACAGGGGAAAAGCCUUACACAUGUACAGAGUGUGGAAAAAGUUUUACAGAAAAUAGAAGUCUGAGAAAACAUGAAAGGAGUCACACAGGGGAAAAGCCUUACACAUGUACAGAGUGUGGAAAAAGUUUUACAGAAAAUAGAAGUCUGAGAAAACAUGAAAGGAGUCACACAGGGGAAAAGUCUUUCACAUGUACAGUGUGGAAAACGUUUUACAGAAAUGAUUCAUCUGAAAAAGCAUGAAAGGAUUCACAAGGGAAGAAACCUUUCACAUGUUUAGAAAGUGGAAAAAGUUUUUUUAUUGAAAUCCAGGAUCACAAAACACCAAAUAUUUACACACAAAUAAACUUUACAAACUCUCUAAAUAGAAGCAUCAAAAAGGAUAAUAUUGUAAAUAAUACUUUCUAAAUCCCAGUUAUAAAACCCCCAGAUUGGAA